AUCAUGUAAAGGUUGCCGCAAGUAUAAUUCAAGGAGGAAUUCACAAGAAAAAGAGCAGAAACUUUGGGAUCGACUGUCGCGUGAUCCCAGAUGAUAUCACAAUAGUAAAUACAAUAUAGUAAUAGAAUAAUUAAAAAGAAAGUGAAACAAAACAAAAAUUGAAGUUUCCUAUUAACAAAAGGAAAUAGUUUAGAAAAUUCCAUACCCCAAAUAAACACUAAACUCCAACCCAACAAUUUCUGAAACCUUUUCCAUCUACAUACUUUAGUUGUUAAAAUAUACAUAGAUUUUUUCUACAGCUCUAAAACCCUUCUCCCAAUUCUUCAGUUUCUUCAUAAUUAUCAGCCGCUGUAAAUUACCCCGUAAUUCUUCAUCUUUCCGUGGUUGUUUGGUCGCUGGUGAUAAUGUUCCAACAGUCUAGGUAAAUUUACCAUUGUUGUUUCUUCCGAUCAUCUAACACUUUUUUCUUGAUAGAAAUUAAAGUUGUGAUCUUGCGACUGUUAUGUUGACUUCUACUGUAAUUUAGUAGUACAUUAAGACCUCUAAGCUGAUGAUUUUUUGUUAUUGACGUAUGAUUAUGCUUUUUUCCUGGCUUUGAUGCUUUGUGUUGCAGAAUUUAUUUAUUUAUUUUUGUGUUGCUGGAAGAUAGAAUCUUUGUUCAUCUUUCUCUUUAUUGUUCUUUUAAGAGCUGAAUCAUUUUAAAUGCUCUGCUUUCUACUUUUGUUAUUAAUUUUUUUUCUUUUUUCAACUCAAAUAGCCGAAAACUUGUAAGAACUUCAUCUCUUAAUAGUGUAUGGUACGACAAUCUCGUUAUACCCCCUAUCUGCUAAAGGUAUUAUAGCUUGGUUACUUAUAGCUUGAAGGGGAGCCUUGUAGCAACGGUAAAGUUGUCUCCGUGUGACCACCUAUAGGUCGCGGGUUCGAGCUAUGGAAACAACCACUAAUGCUUGUAUUAGGGUAAGCUGUCUACAUCACACCCAAGAGGUGCCGCCCUUCCCCAAACCAUGCGUGAACACGGGAUGCCUUGUCCACCAGGCUGCCCACUUAUAGCGUGAUAAGUCUGAAAAGUUUCCAGCUUCAGGUACCACCGGUAGUUGAUAUUCAUUUGUCUUACGUUGCACUAAAAGAUGUUAUAGCUUUGCACUAGAUUAAUUUUUCUUAAGUUACACUAAAUUUCGACCACAAUUACUGAAAAGAUGUUCAGUUGAAGAAUCUUCAGAUGUUAUAGCUUUUAAAACUAUGUCUGUGGCCUAUACUUUUUGAAGAUUUUUGAGGAAGCAAAAACCAGCUGCAUUGGGGUACUUUGUUAUGUGCUUGGCUUUCUAGAUUUAUGUCUUCCGAGUUAUGUGAAAGAACAUUAAUCAUGAUGUUUAUGCAGGUCAUUGCUUUUGGCAGGUGAUACUGUUUUUUGGAUUAGGACAUUGCCUUGUUUAAACGAUUUUGAAGUGUGAUCAGGAUUUAGUGUUAUAAUCAACUCUUACAUUACACCAUGGAGAAAAUCAGAAGCAAAAGUUGGAUUGGAAACAUAUACCACAAGUUUGAGGCUGUGUGCCAGGAGGUAGAUGGAUUUGUAACCAAGGACACAGUUAAAUAUGUUGAGAAUCAGGUGCAAACUGUUGGUGCAAGCAUGAAAAAGUUAUACUCUGGUGUAGUGCAAGAUUUUCAUAUCCCAAUAGAUGAUCAUAUAAAAAGGGGAACACAAGCUGUCAAUGGAAAGCAAAAGUACGAUGUUGGUACUUAUACUAGUUCAGUCGCAGGCACUACACAGAACCCUAUCAAAGAACAAUCAUCUCUGGAUCACGAUGCUGAUAGUUUCAUCGAAAGCCAAAAUGCUUCAACUUCAACUGAACUUGAUGGUUUAAUAGCUUCCGAAGAAGGAGAAAUUGAUUUUUCUGUAGGAAAUGAUAGAGCAGGUGCAACUUGUAAGAGCUCUUGUACGGUUUUUGAAAAGAAUAUGACAAGGGAGGAAGAACUGGUAGAUGAGGAAUCAAGUACUUCGGUAGCCACAAUUUCAUCUGAAUCCUGUUCUGACAAAGAUUCCAAAGAUACCAAGAGCGGUAGCUUUUCAGAUGAUGAUAACUGUUUUUCUGAUGUAUCAAGCUCUCAGAUGAUUAUACUACAAGAUGAUAUCGUUAGGGAGGAACAACCACUGGCUGAGGGAUCAAGUUCAUUUCUGGAUAAUUUGUCUAAAUCACAAUCCAGUGCCUCUGAGAAGAAUGAGAAAAUGUUUGAUAGCUCUCCUGAUGCUAUUAACUGUAUUUCAACUGCACCAAGUAGUCAGAUUGUUUUGCAACGGAACAUCACUGGUGCGGUUCAACCAAUCACUGCUCAAUCAAAUUCUUUUGGAGAUAUUGCUUUAUCCAAGUCAUUACCAUCUUUAAUAGAGGAAAGUCAUGGAAAUUCCAUCACGGCUAAGUUCCCAAAUCCAACUUCAUUUUUUGAUACAGAACUUGGAACCUUCCCAGAGGAUGAGAGAGGAUGCAACAGGUUUUUUGAUGCUGCUGAGAGCAUUUCCAAUGUUUCAAUGACUCAUACGAUAUUGCAAGACAAUAUCACCAGUGAGGAUCAACUUGCACCCAAGAAAUCAAGUUCUAUUAGAGAUAAAAGUUUGCCACAAACCCCAGCAUUUACAUCUGAUAUACCUCCAACUUCACUUAGUGAUGCAGGAUUUGGGGUGUCCAUGCCCGUCUGUAAAAGCUUCUUGGACAAUGUUACUUGUGUUUCUGAUAAGUCAAGUAAGGGGGCAUUUGAAGACGCUCCAAAUACAUUCCAGUCAUCUGAACUUGUACUUUCUCGAGUUCUUGUUGAGAAUGAAAGCGUGGAUGUAGACACCGGAGUAUCAGACUCUUCCCCGUUAACAGAAUCUUCUAGCCUGUCAAGUGGAAACUGUUCACUGGAAGCAGAGUCCAAUUGUAGUAUCUCCACUGGCCUCUCAUCUUCCUUGUCAACUCCUUUAGCGAGUGCAAACAAUGUUGUUGCUGUCAUUCCAGCUCUCUCAAGCGCUGCUGCAUCGUUGAUGGGUUUCAGUGAUGUAAACAUUUCGAGUUCUCACGAGUCAGUUGGGGAUUCUGGUUCAAUAAGAAAUAACCUUGAGUGGUAUCCAAGCUCUCAGUUGAAGGCUCUUAUGUGUCCCGCAGAAAUAGGAUGCUUGAAUGAUUGCUGCAUUGAUCUUCCUGGGAUGGAAACGAUUGAUCUAACUGAUAAGGGAAAGCUCGAGGAAAGUUGUGUCCUUGUGGACAAUAAAUUACAAAGAACUGUUUCGUUUAGGCCAAGGAAAUAUAAGUCGUACAAGGAACUAAUACAGGAGGCAUUUGCUUCUAGGAAGAGCCUGAUAAAGGAAUACAAGCAAUUGGCUGUUUUAUAUGCAGACGUCGAUGCAGAAACUAGCCAGCGCACUGAGUUGCCUUCUCUUCCUUCACCAUGUUUACGCUCAACAGAAUCGUCCAUCUGUGAAUCUGGGUGGGAGCUUCUAUAAAUAAGCAUUUUUUCUGUGCAAACUUUCCCAUGUUAAUGAUUUUUACUGGGAAUUUUCUCUUUACAAAGGUUCCAUAAAAUGGUUAGCGGUCGAGCUAAUCAUUAGUCUUAUUUGUGAGAUAAAUGAUGGAAACUACAUCUUUCAUUUUUCCUUUUCACUUAAUUCGCCGAUUACUCUGUUCAAACUCUGAUCUCAAAGUAUGAUUUGAAGUUAAAAUCGAAGAGGGAGAUCCGGAAUCAAUAAGACAGGUAAUUCUCCA